AUGUCGGGCACCCCGCCAUCGAGCCGCGCCGAUGAGGUGCAAGAUCUUCUGAGAGCCGUCGAGGAUCUGCUAAUCCCAUUCAUUCGAUCCGCAGACGAGCACGUCCCCCAAACGAACGGCAUCAAUGGACACGCAAAGCAAGCAGGCUCAGCGCUGGUGGAUUACAAGAAGCCCGAGGAGCUGCGCGAUAUCCUCCAACUCGAGAUUCCGGAAAAAGGCAGACAGCAAGAAGGCCUGAUUGAGGUUCUGCAAACGGUCCUGAAAUACUCAGUCAACACCUGGCACCAGGGAUUCAUGGAUAAACUGUAUGCAUCGACCAAUGCGCCGGGCGUCGCAGCGGAGCUUAUUCUAGCGACUUUAAACACCAAUGUCCACGUUUACCAGGUCUCGCCUGCACUGACGGUCAUCGAGAAAUAUACGGGGCAGCGCCUAGCGAAUAUGUUCGGUUUGAACGGGCCGAGAGCUGGAGGUAUUUCCGUGCAGGGUGGUUCGGCUUCCAAUACUACCUCCAUCGUGAUUGCGCGCAACAAUCUCUAUCCCAAGACCAAGACGGAUGGAAAUGGUGAUUACAAGUUCGUGCUGUUUACUAGUGCUCAUGGCCAUUACAGCGUGGAGAAGGCGGCGCAGAUGCUUGGUCUCGGUAGCAAUGCCGCCUGGGCUGUUCCUAUCGACAAGCAGGGUAGGAUGAUUCCUUCGGAACUGGAGAAACUAGUACAGAAGGCCCAGAGUGAGGGCCGGACUCCGUUCUAUGUCAAUGCUACAGCAGGUACUACGGUCAUGGGCUCUUUUGACCCCUUCGAGGAGAUUUCUGCUAUCUGCCAGAAGUAUAACAUGUGGUUCCACAUCGACGGAUCCUGGGGUGGUUCAUUUGUCUUCUCUCGCCGACAGAGACAGAAGUUGGCCGGUGCUGAGAAGGCAAACAGCAUUGCUAUCAACCCGCACAAGAUGAUCGGCGUUCCGGUGACUUGCUCAUACCUUUUGGCAGCCGAUAUGCGCCAGUUCCACCGCGCCAACACUCUCCCCGCAGGCUACCUCUUCCACAACGAAGACACCGCGCCCGCUGAGAAUGGCAACGCAUCCGAACUUGAGGUUGAGUCGCCAGAGGUAUGGGACCUUGCAGAUUUGACUCUGCAGUGCGGCCGUCGUGCCGACUCUCUCAAGCUCUUCUUGGGCUGGACAUACUACGGAACCGAGGGCUAUGAGCAGCAAAUCGACACAGCGUGCGAACUUGCCGCGCACCUGGCUACUCUUGUUGAGAAUAACCCCAACUUCAUUCUUAUUAGCGAGAACCCCCCUCCUUGUUUGCAGGUCUGUUUCUACUACGCCCCUGGCAAGGAGUAUGUCUAUCCUCGAAACGUGGUCUCAAAUGAUGCUCUCGAGGCUCAGCGCGCGAAGAACAAUAGCCAGGUCACCGCGCAGAUCACACAUGCUCUCGUUUCCAAGGGCUUCAUGAUUGACUUUGCUCCUCCCAGUUGUGACCAGGAUGCAGUUGGAAACGGCAAAUUCUUCCGCUGCGUGGUCAAUGUCUCGACCUCCAAGGAGACAGUUGAAUCUCUCGUGAGCUGCAUUGAGGAGGUUGGCCCUGCUAUUGUUGAUUCGCUGAAAUCAAGCACACCGGCGGUUCCUCGGAAGCGCCCUGGUGAGCAUGGACAUGGACCUGUCGUGCACCGUGCAUGA